AUGAUCACAGUAGAUAAUGGCAUAGUGUUUGCGUCGGCCAAUCUGACGUCUGGUAAUCAGAAUCCGGCGGUUGGUUUGGCACAGCAAAGAUUGAGUCCUGCUGCAUCGCCCAAACCCACUUUGCCAAAGGUUUUUUUCCCGACAAAGGGUGAAGAGGCCCCUCCUCCUGCCAAAGCUCCAACUAAGCCUAGAUUGAAGCGAUAUUUGUGUACUAUCGAGGGCUGUGGUAAGGCGUAUUCUCGGCCUUGUCUUUUGGAUCAGCAUUUGAGAUCUCACUCUGAUGAGAGACCUUAUAAAUGCACAGUUGAAGGUUGUUCAAAAGCAUUUCUUCGUGAUUCUCAUCUGAAGGUUCAUUUGUUGUCUCAUACUGAUGAUAAACCUCGUCACUGUUCGGUGUGUGGUAAAGGAUUCAAUACGAAUCAGCACUUGAACAGACAUGAAAAGACCCACUAUGCUACUCAUAUUUGUAGCUAUGAAGAUUGUGGUCAGUCUUUUUACCGUCAUUCCCAACUUAGAAGACAUAUUUCAGCAGUUCAUACUUUGAUCAAGAACUUCAAAUGCACUCAUGAAGGAUGUUCAAAGGAAUUCAACCAGCAGGGAAGACUCAAUUUGCAUAUUUCGAAAAACCAUUCUCCCUUUCCUCGUUAUCAUUGUGGUCAUGAUGGCUGUGAGGAAAAGCUUUCCACCUGGUCGGCUUUGCAAGCUCAUAUCAAGACCAACCACAAAAAGGUGCCUUGUCAGCUGUGUGGAAAGCUGUGUUCAGGACCUGCUGCUAUUGAACAGCAUAUGAAGGUUCAUGCCAUGGACGAUCAAAAUGCUCUUCUCGAUGGUUAUGUGAUCCAGAUUUGGGAAUGUGCUGAAGACCAGUGUCUUGCUAACAUGGGUCCUACCUACCAAACCAGAGAGGAGCUUGUUUCGCAUUAUCAGAAUAUCCAUGGAUUUGUUCCCGAGUCUUUACUGCAUGUCGAUUCUACUGCUGCUACCACUCCAGCUUCUACCUCAGUCUCGACUUCACAUACUCCUUCAGUCUCAGGUGACUCGCCUGAAAUUGAACUUCCCGACUUCUCUAUUCUGUCGCGUCUCACUGGUGCUGACUACGAAAAGAGACCAAUUCCAUGCGAAGUCCCCGGCUGUAACUACCGUUUCUCUCGUCAGUACGACCUGAAGCGUCACCUGUCGUCCAUCCAUGGCCAUUAUGACGAUGGCAAACAACAGAUGAGACACGAUACGCAUGUAGUCCACGAUGAACACUCGGCAUCCAUUCUCCACGUCAACAGUCUCGUCGAGGCCGUCAUGGGCCCCGACUUCAUGGGCUCACUGACCAACCCCGACCACCCAGACCACCACCAUCACCGCCACCAGCUUGCCCAAAUUGAGCCCCUCGGCCCUCCCUCCACCAUCGACCCCUCCCUCCGAUGA